GCCACGUCUGACACACCAUGAUGUGAUAAAAAUGUUUCUUAAACAUGUGGUUUUUGUCUGAAAUCACUUUAUGAAAGUGUAAUAUGUUUUGAUUUUUUUUUAGUUUCUAAACUUGGAUUUGAAUGUCAUGUCUGUCAGGCAAAUUGCAGGUCCGUACUUUCUAAACUCCUUCUGCGUUGCUUUACCCUCUAAACGCCACAAGGUGUCAGACUAGACCCAAAAAUCAUCACGCCACCGUGAGAACGUAGAGGAAGACGAGGUACCUGGGCCGCUAACUGGAGAGAUAAUUGCUAAAGGCAGCAGCAGGCGACCAGUUUGACCUUCCUCAAACGUACAGUAGAGAUGGACGAGAGUUUGAAGUCAGGGACACGUACUGCACACAGUGAUGACGGUAAUCCAGCUUUGGAUCUGGAACUUUCUGUGUCCGACGCCCAGUGUCGUGCAGAAAGUGCAAGCACCCUUUCACUUCAGCUUUUGGAAUUUAAAAGUCAUCUACUGGAGGCCGUAGAAGAGCUGCAUAUCAGGAAGGAGGCAGAGACGAGAUUUGAAGAUCGGAUCAAUAAACUCAUGUUGGAGAAGCAAGAGCUGGAGAGAGAAACGGAGGCCCUCCAGCUUCAGAUGAAAACAUCAGCCACUCAGCACACAGAGUCACUCAGCGACCUUAAACAGCAGUUGCAAGACAAAAUCAGACUGAGUGAGGAAGAAAAGGGUAAGAACCAGCUGAGUGCUGAGUUAAAGGACAAAGAAAUCAACACCUUAAGAGAAGAGUGGAAGUCUCUACAGUUGCUGAAGUACAACUUAGAGAAGAAAAUAAACGAACAGGAGCAGAAACUGGUGAUGCAGAGUCGGUCCAAGGACCGUCAUCUGGCCCAGCUGGGAGAAGUGGAGAAAAGAUUUGUUGCUUUGUCCAGGCAGUGUGCCGCGGUCAAACAGGCCCACGAGACGCUGGGGCAAAACGUGGAGUUCGCCGUGGGACUGAACAACAAACUGACUUCUGAAAAUAAAAAACUAGAGAACGUCGUUGCGUCGCUCACAAAGGAGUUGGAGGAAGUGAACAACAAGAGGAUUAAAGCUCAGAUGACGUCGGUCAAACACGACAGGCCUCACAUUCACACGGGAAAAGAGCAGGAAAUACAGAUGCUGCAGCAGAAACUGACCACGGAAACUGAGAUGAAUAAGAAACUUCAGGCAGACAAUGCAGCGCUUCGUGCAGAAAAACAGGAGGUGAUGAAGGCUCUGCAGAAAACACAUCAUCUGCUGUUGACUCAGACACAGACGUUAAGGAGAGUUGAGCUGGAGUUACAGGCACAGAAUGAACAGUAUCAGGCCCUUAAGCAGGAACACGAAGUGAUGCGAGACAAAAGCAAGGCCCUGGAUGAAAGGUCUGCUCAGCUGAUGGAGAGCUGCACUGCCUCCAGGAGGAGCUGGGACUCUGAGAAGGAAAUGCUGCUCAACUCAGUCAAAACUGAGCGGCGGGAACUUGAGUCUCUGAAAGAGACGUAUGACCAGCUCCAUCAAAAACACACACUGGUCCUGUCAUCACUGGUCCAAGAACAGGCUGAGAAAAUAGUGGAGUUAGAGAUGAAGACCUCACACCAGUCCACCUCCUCAGUAAUCAACAUCCCCGACCGUCAGCGUGAUCCUGGUGUCACUUCAGAAUUCAUUCACACUGACUCCUCACAACCUGAACCUAAUCUUCCAUUGAACAGUGGGAACACAGCGUCUGAACUGAAGUGUGACCAAGAGUUUACAACAGGGCACGUGGCUCUAAAUGGUGAAGGUGAAGAGGAAAAUGAAGAGAAAUGUGAAAAACUUCAACUUGACUCUGAAGGACAAGAGGAAAGUCACAGAGAAGAAGAGGAAAAAAAUGAGGACGAGGAGUCGAUGAAAGACAAAGAGUUAAGAGAGGAGGUGAAUGAGGAGGAAAACGCUGAAGUGACGAAUGGAAUUCCCCAGAAAAUAGAUACAGCAAACAGACCGGAGGAGAACCAGGGGUCAGCAGCAAAGGAUUCAGGGGACACCAGAAGCACAGAGAGACAAACAACAACCGAUAGAGAGGAGGAAGGAGAAGACGAGAUGGAGCGAGCAGAAGAGAGAAGGCAGACGGCCGUGCACACACCAGAAACACAGAUACUGACCCAGACAACAACUGAUUGCUGUGAAGAAAAGAGCAACAGACUCCAGGUCGUUGACUCGAAGGACGCAGGGCCUCCAUUAGUCUCUGAAAACUUGGACGGCCCAGAACGUCCGUGUCAGAGCUUCUGUGAGCAGAACACUGUCUCUGACGGCACGGACAAAAUAUCUGUGACUGGUUUCACCUCUGAAGUUUUACAGCCUCUGAUUCCAGAGAAGGAUCGUGAUGUGAUUUCUGCAGAACGUCAAACAGAAGUGAAUGUCAGUGAAGAACUGAGAACCUCAGAACAAACACCACAGAGCAAAGAUCCCUCUGGAGUCACAGUCAUCUUAAAGCAAAUGGAUGAAAUGUGUCUCAAACAGCCCAACCAGUCCCCCCCAGCACAGUCGUCUCCUCAGGCCUCAGAGGACCAACAGUCCACAGAUCAGGGACAGUGUGAGGGUUUUUCAAGGGAAUGUAACUCAAACACAGUCACACCAGAGAACCAAGAUUUAACGUCUACUGACAAAGAUGUCGUGACGGACGCUGUAGACAAGAAAUCUGAGGAGAAGUCCAGAAACCUUCAGGGCGAAUCAAAGGAGGACAAAACAGGAGACAAAGAAGAGACAAAGACGAGUCACUCAGCAGGACUCAGGUCGUCCUUGGACCCGAGUCAAGGACGGCAUCACUUAGUUCAGACACUCAGCUCCUGUGGAAACGUCAGAGCGACUUUCAGCCAAACAGCCGUUUUCCCUAGAAGCAAGAAGUUCAAAGUUCCCCUGGUGAUCACCACCAGAUCAGAUGUGAUGGAUUCACUUCCCUCCACCAGACACCAACAGGGGGAGUGGAGAGCAGACAUGGAGAAGAGAGCUGCUCGAUCAAGGACUUCAUUUCCACUGUCUGCCACCGUCAGCACAGUCAGUGGACUGUCAGGGUCAAAGGUCACAGGGUCCACCAUGAAUUCAGACGUCCGUGACCUCACCCUGACCCGUGACCUGAACUCCCUGCUGACCCCGCUCCCUCCGUGCCCCAGCCCCAGCUGCCCGGCUCUGCCCGUCAGCACGGCCCCUCAGUGGGCUCCCGUCCUGGACUUUCACACCGCCGUUUCCCCUUACUCCUCUCUGGCCCCUCACGCCUCCAUGGGCUCCCACUCCUUCAUCAAGCAGGAGCCCACCUGGGGGGCCACGGGCGACCCCCUGCACCACGACACCGACCCUCACUGCGGCCUCAGCGCCUUCACAGUUCACUUCUCGGGUCAGUUCACGGGCACGGGCGCCUGCAGGUACGGGGCGGCGUUUGGGGCCCCUCCGCCGCCGGCCCCCUCCCAGCCUCAGCCUGUGACAGCUGCACAUCACCACCAGCCCCCCAGCAGGAUGUUCAGUAACCCACCCUACGUCACCAACUGUAUGGACACCCAGCAGGUGGCCCGUAACCAGACAGGUUACGGCGCGGUGGCGUUCGACGGAGCUUCAAACUACGGCCACACUCCUUCACACCACAGCUCUCAGUUCUCCAACCACUCCUUCAAACACGAAGACGCUCUGACUCAGCAGAACAGCAUGGUAGGUGAGCAGCAGUACCCUGUGCCUCCACCAGUCUACGGAUGUCACACACCUACAGACAGCUGUACAGGCAGUCAGGCCCUGCUGCUGAGGAACCCAUACAACAGUGGAGAUAGUUUAUAUCAAAUGACCUCUCAGUUGGAGUGUGUGGCAUGGAACCCUGUCAGUACGCUGGCCUCCAGCAUCAAGAGCCACGCAGCAGGUUACGAAAGCGACCCCAGCACCCCGAUGGUGUACAGCUGCAGCACGCAGUACCGCAUACACACACACGGAGUCAUCAGAGGCAUACAGGAUGUGAGGAGGGUCCCCGGUAUCGCUCCGACCAUCGUCCGCUCACAGACCAGUGAGAAGCGGCCCUUCGUGUGUGCCUACCCCGGCUGCAACAAGCGCUACUUCAAACUGUCUCACCUCCAGACGCACGGUCGCAAACACACAGGAGAUAAACCGUACCAGUGUGACUUUACGGACUGUGGUCGAAGGUUUUCCCGCUCCGACCAACUGAAAAGGCACCAGAGGAGACACACAGGAGUAAAACCCUUCCAAUGUGAGACGUGUGAGAGAAAGUUCUCUCGGUCUGACCACCUUAAGACACACACCCGGACUCAUACAGGUAAAACAAGUGAGAAACCGUUCUUCUGCCGGUGGCCGAACUGUCAGAAGAAGUUUGCUCGGAGCGAUGAGUUGGUGCGACAUCACAACAUGCACCAGAGGAACAUGACCAAGCUGCAGCUGACCAUCUGAGCCCCGAGGAGUCAAGGGUCAAGGGUCAAGGGUCGUGGUUUUCACCACGUUCGAAACUCCAACAGAGACGGUCAGACUUUGACGCGUUAAACACCUGAACUCCACACGGGACUCAUCAAGAAUUCAUGGAAAAAGAUCGAACCCUACACUGUAUAUAAGAGCUGUGCGUACGUACGGCCUGCUGUCAGUGAGCAUCAACUGGCGGUUCGUGGCCCUGAACCCGGCCCGUGACUGAACAUCAAAUAAUUCUGUUUGUUUUGAGUGUCCUGUCCACGAGGCGAGGCGUCAAAUAUAUGUGGUGACCACUGCUAUAGGUCAUUGGUCCGUUGCCAUGACAACCUUUCAGGCCAAACGCUAUCACAGCUAACACGUGCAUCCUGAGACCAGUUUUAAAGCCACAGAAGGUUGACAACUGUUGACAACGCAACGCAAAACACCACUGAUGAAAAUGUAGUCGUUGAACUUGUUACGUUAAUAUUUUUAGUUCUUGUUCUUUCCAGAUUAGACUUUCCUUCUUGAAUAUUCCAGUGCAGCAUAUAGUCUGGAAAAGACCUGUCCGUAAUCUGGACCACUUCUUAGGCAGCAGUGUCUGUCCCAAAGCAGGGCCUGUAGGGGGCAGUCUUGCUUUACAAAGGCUUGAUGGAUGUAACCUUUGAUCUUUAGAUUCAUUUAAAAUAAGUCACUGUUUUAAUUAGCGCCACAUUAGCUAACAACAUGCUAUCGACUGUUGCCAUGAACUGGUGUGUUGUUGUUUUCUGCUGGUGUUGAUGUGACGUCGGCAGGUGUAAAUAUGUGUAAAUGUUCCUUUAUUCUUUUUAUAUAUUCUGUAAAAUCAUGCACAGCACUUCUGGUCUAGACGAACACUGGUGUCGUAACUAUGACGUACGAUGUACGAUGUCUCACUGUUGUCCUCCAUCGCCACAUGUACAAAAAGGGAGGGAUGUCCGAUAAUAUCGGCCGACCGUGUUGUCGGCACGAUAUUAGCAUAAUUAUGUAAUGUCUGUAAGAAUCGUUAUCGGUUUUUCCUUCGAUAAUGAAAACCCAAUAACUCAAUGCCAAAUGA